AUGGCGGUGCCUGCCCUGAAGGACCCCGGUCAGAGCCGUGUGACCUUUGAGGAUGUAGCCGUGUACUUCUCCCAGGAAGAAUGGUGUCUUCUUGAUGAGGCUCAGAUACAACUGUACCUUGAUGUCAUGUUGGAGAACUUUGCACUUGUAUGCAUACUGGGUUCUUGGCCUGGAGCUGGGGAUGAAGAGACACCUUUUGAACAGAGCAAAUCUGUAGGAGUGUCACAGAUUGGGACUCCCAGGGCAGAUUCGUCUGCUGAGAAGGUCCAGCCCUGUAAGAUAUGCAUCCUGGUCUUGAGAAACAUUUUGCACUUGACUGAAGAGCAGGGAACAAAUAGUGGACAGAAAGCAUACUCAUGUGGGACACAUGGAAAACAGUUCUGUUUCACUGCAGACAUUCAGCAGCACCAGAAGCAGCACACAAGAGAGAAUCUUUUACAAUAUAUUAAGGGGAAACUGUCAGUUUUGAAGAGCUGCACAAUCCAUGCAUCAGGAAGUCUCUCCCCAUACAGUGAGAUUGGGAAGGAAUUCGUGGCCAACAUGGGAGUUCACCCACAGACCAAAACCACCAGGAAUCAAAACAACAGUAAGGCGUGUGAAGCUGUUUUUCACAGUGGAAAAAGUCAUCAGAGCCGGGGAGAAAGCAAGAAAGCCUCCAGCCGCACAGACAUACUUGUUCAAGAUGAGAGAAUCCUCACUAGUGAACGGUCUUGUGAGUUCACAGGCGGCACUCACAAAAGUAACCAUGUUCAGCACCAGAAAGGUCACAUUAGACAAAGGUCUUCUGAGUGCACUGAAUGUGGGAAAUCCUUUGGCCAAAGAAAGUAUCUCAGGAUUCAUAGGCGAAUCCACACUGGAGAAAGGCCUUAUCAGUGCAAGGAAUGUGAUAAAUCUUUUACCUAUAAGAACCGUUUCAUUGGACAUCAGAGAAUUCAUACUGGAGAAAGGCCAUAUGAAUGCACUCAAUGUGGAAAAUGUUUUACCCAUCAAUCCUCUUUCUAUGUACAUCAGAGAAUUCACACUGGAGAAAGGCCUUAUAAGUGCAAUGAAUGUGGGAAGUCUUUUAUCAACAACUCCAAUUUCCACAGACAUCAGAGAAUUCACAAAGGAGAAAGGCCUUACACAUGCAAUGUAUGUGGGAAAUCUUUUAUAACUCUGGCUGGCAUCCGUUCCAGUAGGAAAAUCCACACUGGAGAAAAGCCUUAUGAGUGCAGUGAAUGUGGGAAAUCUUUUACUGCUAGCUCUAGCCUUUGGUAUCAUCAGAGAAUUCACAGUGGAGAAAGGCCUCAUGAGUGCAGUGAAUGUGGGAAAUCUUUCAUUGUUAGCUAUGGCCUUCGGUAUCAUCAGAGAGUUCACAGUGGAGAAAAACCUUAUGAGUGUAGUGAAUGUGGGAAAUCUUUUACUGCUAGCUCUAGCCUUCGGUAUCACCAGAGAGUUCACAGUGGAGAAAAACCUUAUGAUGGAGAAAGGACUUAUGAGUGCAGUGAAUGCAGGAAAUCUUUUAUUAAUAAGUCCAGUCUUUUUGAUCAUCAGAGAAUUCACACUGGAGAAGGGCCUUUUGAGUGCAGUGAAUAUGGGAAAUCUUAA